UGUUUAUUUAGAAAUCAUUCAUUGUUUUUCGAGUGUAACUACCGGUCAGAAGUUUAUUUUAACAAAACUGCAAUGUUUGCCAAUAAUUUAAUCAAAUGCCUUAAGAAUGCAGCUGUAGCUAAUGGCAGAAUUAAUCUAUAUCAGUGUAAUAAUAAGUGUAGUAUGAGCCAAAUGCUCGCUAAAGGGCGACCAAAACAAUUACAGGAACCACAGCAACAAACGCAAUGCUACUCAACCUUGUGUCCACGUACACAUUUAAUGAAUAGGACACGCAUAUGCUUAGUGCUACUACCAUUGACCAGUGUUAGUUGUACAGCUCAUACUUCUGCGCCGACCAAUGUAAACGCAACAGCAAGUAACGAUUCGGAUAUCAUGUCUGAAGAAGCUAAAAACGCCAAUAGCAUUUACGAUUUUACCGUCAAGGAUACCCAUGGCGAGGAGGUUUCUCUUGAUAAAUACAAGGGAAAUGUCGUACUAGUCGUUAAUAUUGCCUCUCAAUGUGGUUUAACAAAGAACAAUUACAAGAAGUUGACCGAUUUGCGUGAGAAAUAUGGUGACAAAGGUUUGAAGAUUUUAAAUUUCCCUUGCAACCAAUUUGGCUCACAAAUGCCAGAAGGUGAUGGCGAAGCAAUGGUUUGUCAUUUACGUGAUGCCAAAGCCGAUAUUGGUGAUGUUUUCCAAAAGGUUGAUGUAAACGGUUCGAAUGCCGCACCUUUAUAUCAAUAUUUGAAAGCUAAGCAAACUGGUACUUUGGGCAGUGCUAUUAAGUGGAAUUUCACCAAAUUUUUGGUCAACAAAGAUGGUAUUCCAAUAAAUCGUUAUGCUCCAACCACCGAUCCAAUGGACAUUGCUAAAGACAUUGAAAAGUUGCUUUAAAAGAAUUGCGUAACGCAUUUAAAUUCUAAAGGACAAUGGCAACUUGAAAUUAUUGUCGUUAAAUUAUUUAAGGUUUUUUUUUCCUAUGAACUCAUGUUAUUAUUAUACUAUAUAUUUCGGGUUUUUGUGUUUAAAAUCCAAUCAUUUUAAUCAUUAUAAUUGUAUUUAUCUUCUCCACUGCAUAUCAAAUAUGCAAUUUAUCUGUUUGUAGAAUUUUCGUAAUAAAAUUUGUUUUCAAUUCCAAAAAUAUCUUAAAA